AUGUCUGGGCCCCUGGGUCUGGCUGUUGUGCAUAUGCAGUCUAUUCGCCUGGUCAUCACAGAGGAGCGUAUCUUCAAGAUGUUCCUGGUGCUGGGAACCCACCUGCUGUUCCUCAACAUUAAUCUGGCCAUGAUGUUCACCCUGUGGAUGAAGCCCUCAUUCCGCAACACCACCCGCUACAUCCUGUUUGCCCACAUGCUGUUCAAUGACAGCCUUCACCUGGCCAUGGGCAUGCUUCUCUACACGCUGGGGGCCUUGUACGUGUUAGUGGUGCGCGUUGCCUGCGCCUUCAUGGUGUUGCUGUCUAGCAGCACAUUCACCAACGCACCCCUCAACCUGGCCGUUAUGUCUCUGGAGAGGUACACGGCCAUCUGCUUCCCGCUGCGCCACAGCGAGCUAGCCACGACCGGGAGGACCCGGCAGGCUGUGGUUCUGGUGUGGGCCCUGGGCAUUGUCAACGUGCUAAUUGAUGUGUGUGCUCUCUUCCUCGCAGGGCCGUCCUUCUUCUUGUCACCAGCUGUGUGCACCCUUGAGCAGCUGCACACAGCUGGGUGGCAGCAGGAGAAAGGGACGGCCCUGAAUACACUGCUGUUCGUGGCGGUGGCGGCUGUGCUGAUCUACACCUACGUGGCCAUCGUUAUGGAAGCCCGGUCAGCCUCAUCCUCUGACCCUAGAUCGGCCAGGCGGGCCCUGCAUACUGUGCUGCUGCAUGUGCUCCAGCUGGGCCUGUGUCUCAUGUCUUUCCUGUAUGUGGAGCUGGAGGCCCUGCUGGCUAAGUUGCCUCCAGCCGUUUUUGUGCAGCUACGCUUCGUGAACUUCUUUGUGGUGCUGAUCCUUCCACGCUGCCUAAGUUCCAUCAUCUACGGCCUGAGGGACGAGGCUUUCAGAGCAGCCUUAUGGCAACACUUCACCUGCCGCUCUGUUAGGAGGGUAGGGCUCUCCACUAAAAACUAA